AUGUUCUACAGAAAGUACACGAAACGCGGAAAGUCCGUACGUAUACGUUUCAUAUCCGAUCAUAUCAACAGUAACGGUAUGGUAGCUGCUGAACCCCGUGCUCCGUUGAUUUACAAUUAUCCAACUACCGUAUUGCUCGUGUAUAGCCAUGACUGCCCACAACAUGAUGCUGCCGUGUUGGCUUUGGCCGAAUUGCUUCGAGACACCUUCAAAAUGGACGUGCAUUUGGAUGUCUGGGAUGAGAACGACAUUGAAAAGAAUCUCAACGAAUACAUCAACGCCAGCAUUGUCAAAGCUGAC